AUAUCGGUAGCAUUAUUCUGCUUUGCUGUAUUUCCUCGCCCCGGAUGAAGCCGCUUUUCAAAGGAAGUCUGUUUUGCAGAUUUCGGAUGCGGCAGAUGCUCUCGCUGGGCGAUCGGUCAAACAUCGUAAUAAUCACGGUAGUCCUGUGUUGCACGAGCGUACUUCAUCCUCAAACUAUAACGGCGUGGACCAGGUACCCAUGCAGGCAGCCGGCUUCACAAAUCACUAGCUCACAUAAUUGUUUUUAUUGCUCGUAGAUAGCAGUUGAAGUAGUCACUAGUAGUAGUAAUGUUGUACUGGACCCGGGGUCUCAACAAUCGCCGUCAAGAGUCCCACCACCACCAACUGAGAAGUCUGCUCGACACGGCGGUCGGUAGACCUACAAGUAGUUUCCAGUCAAUCCGACACGCCGGAAUGUUGAAUGUUGAAUGUUGGUAUCAAUUAGCGACAAUGGUGAGUAGCGUCCAGCAGUGAUCCUGUCACCUGACCUCAGUGUGGACUAGGACUGGAGAAGUGUUGUCGGAACUUGUGAUCUAGAAAUAAUCGCGGCUCAGUGGGCUGGUGAUGGUGAUGCGCCGUGUACGGAUUUGAAGCAGAUCAAAGAGCAUUACAGUAUACUACUAGCCACUUACACGUGUACUACAGUAGGCGAUUGCCAUUCAAUCUCAGGCACUCUGAGUCUGGCCACUCUACACUAACUACCAUCAGUCUGGUGCAUAGCAUGGCCAUGGAGCAGCCAACGCUGGCCCUGUCUACGUUUGUGCGUAAUAUCAAUGUGAACCUGGGAGACAUCUACUUUGGCACCAGCCUGGCGUCGGUACUGUUUGUCCUGCCCGUCAUCAUCAGUUACGUUACAAUGCCAAAGAUGCGCCGGCACCCCGCCGAGCUUCUGUUUAACAGGACAAUGCUGGAUUUGGUCAUCUGCCUCAGCCAUAUCAUCACCUAUAUUUUCAUAGUGAGUCGGUCUGGCCCCAAUCUCUCGACUCCAGACCAAGUCAAGAGCAAGUGCAGAGCUCUUAGCUUCAUCUAUCAGAUUGCCUUGUUCGGAUCAAACAGUUGGUACUUUGUCCUCAGUGUUGAUCUAUUUCUGGCUGUGCGGAAUCCAUUCAGCUCGAAUGCCGACUACAUGCCGUACUAUUAUCUAGUGGUGUAUGUUACUAGCAUCAUCACUGGCAUUGUGCUUGUGACGGGCAAUUAUGGAGUAACUGUGUUCAACUACUGCUGGAGCAGUGAUCACAUCCUAUCGCUGGGUGCCAAUAGGUCUACUGUGGAUGCGGCCGGUGAUCUAAAAAACACAUCUGACUGGGCGUGGGGCAUCUACUACGGGCCCCAUCUGGUACUCUGUGUUGUCUCUCUCGGCGUGGUCAUCUUCGCCACAAUCGCUCUGAACCGUGGACUGCCAGCUAGCGGAGAGACACGGCGGAGAGUGGUGCGUUUUGGCUUCUUCUAUGUAGUGGCGUUUGCCAUUGAGUGGGCACUGCGCCUCAUCUUGUAUCUCGUCCAAGACAGCUACUUAAUUCCCAACGCGCUGAAGGAGCCGUAUGCUAACAACUACCAAAACAAACUGCACGGCGUUGCAAUCACAUUUGCAAUCAUAGAAGGCUUGCGCGGUUUCUUUGAUUUCCUCCUCUGGUUUGGCACAGGCUCGUUGUCCAUGCAGGAGUUGCGCUUUCGAUCACGGCGCGUGUGGGCAAAAUGGACGGGUGAUGACCUGGAAGAGUCUGGCAGAAGCUCUCUGAACGAAACUCUGCUGGAUAAGACGCAAGCUCUGGAAGUAUCUUCAGUGCUCCGUCACGAUAUGAUCAUUUGCACGAGCUGGGGCAUAGUUGACUCUGCUCCGGUUAACAUCCGGCCGCCUAAUCUCUCUGUGACCGGGUUUGAAGACUCUCUCCGUGCACAGACACACAUGCAGAUUAAUAAUGUUGAAGAUCGAGAGCCCAGCGUGUCAGGCGAUGGGGAUGUCGGCUCGCAGCUCAACAACUUCCACACACAGCGCCAAGAGCUGCAGCUGUGGCUGAAGACGACGGGUGGCGUCCGCAGUCGGCGUAUUCACUGUCCAACGGCGCUGCAGAGUACAUCGUUUGACUUCCGUGACUAUUCUCCGGAGGUGUUCAGCUGUGUCCGGUCUCUGCGCGGCGUAGACCCCAUCACCUACUGCAAGUCCUUCAACAUAUCCAAAUCCAAGGGCAAUUCGGCAAUGAUGGAGAAAUUCACGGAGGGGCGCAGUGGCAGCUUCUUCUACUUCACGCACGACAAUCGCUACAUUGUGAAGACGGUCACGGACAGUGAGACGGCGCUGCUCGACCAGCAUGUGCGUGACUACUUCUUCCAUCUGCACUCCAAUCCGGACUCAUUGCUGACGCGCUUCUUCGGCCUGCACGCCAUGCGCCUGUCCCCAGAGCAGAAAUACAUAUCACUCAUGGUCAUGGAGAACAUCUUCCCGUCGACAGACUUCCUGAAGCCAAACGAGCGCUAUGACCUGAAAGGUUCGUGGGUCGCUCGCCGCACGCUGAAAGGCAAGAAGCGAAACAUGCCCCUCAGUAAGCUGACGCUAAAGGAUGGUGAUCUUGAUCGCAAGAUCCGUGUUGGUCCCGAGGCCAAGCAGCGCCUGAUGGCACAGCUACGGAAAGAUGUCGGAUUCCUGGCCAGCAUUGGGAUUAUGGAUUACAGUCUGCUGAUUGGGAUCCGUGAUUUUGAAAAUGAUCCCAGAGAAGAGCUGCCCUCCAUGGAAAUGAGAGAGCGUUCACUGGGAGCUUCGCGUCAGGACAGUCGAACAGCGCGCCGGGAUCCAGCUCAAUCUCUUGGCUACGUUCCGCCUUCUCCCAUUGGCGGCAUCAGCGUAAAUUCUUCACUGCCACCGCUGGCCGGAGGGCUAGGUCAGCCGCCUCCACACAUGACACCGCCCAUCGACCAAUCAGACGCCGACCUGCCUAUGCCGUGGCAUCGCUCGUUCUACGGCGGCUUGCUCGGCCUGCCGCCAGUGCAGCCGCCUUCGGGACCGCAGGCGGGCGAUGACAACUUGUCCGUCACCGAGUCAGCGUUACAUGAAAUUGGCAGCGGUCGCCGGAGUGGUGCGGCUACCGUAGCCACGGGUGGUGACGGUAGUGGCCAAGGGUCUCAGGCGGCUUCAGGCGAUGCUGUCAAGCGUGAGGAGAAGGUCUGGAGCGUCUACUACAUGGGCCUCAUCGACAUACUGCAAAGCUACAACUUCUCCAAGAAGGCAGAGCACUUCUUCAAGUCCAAUAUCCGCUGCAUGGACUCGCAUGGCAUAUCGGCGGUGAACGUCAACGAGUAUGCAGAGCGCUUCAUCCAUGCAAUGGACACGAUACUUGUGUAGGUCACUUUAGACUGUAUUACCGGUAUUAGUAAAUCUGAUGAGGUGGACAUCCGGCUUUUCAGUGCGCAAUUCUUCUCAUCUUUCUUUUCCUUUCUUUUUCUUGGGCACUAGCUAUUCACUUGCUGGCCAAUUUCACGGUUAUGGUCAAGAAUUAUUCCGCAUUUUGCCUUGCAGACGUAUUUAUGAACAAUCAGCGGGCCAGCCGCAAUAAUUCAGCAAGAGCUAUAAACAGUGUCAAGGUUGCAGACAUAGCCAUACAUUUGGCGAGAUUGAGUACUAUGACAUAAGCACGGAGUUGUGUCAUAUGGUUAUGUCUGCAACCUUUUGAGACACAUUAAAUUUUUAUUAUUUUUUGAUUAUGAGAUGCAUCUAGGCGGCAGCUGAUUUCUAUGUGUACAAAAUCAAAGUCUUUACUUCACUUGAAUUGUUUCUAGGAUUAUUUACACCUCCACAAUUUGCCACAAUUAUUUGCUCAAACCAUGUCGGGGCCCGAGUCUCCAGCGUGAUGAAUUAUUAUGACUAAAGCACCUGCUCUAUCAAUUUCAUGAAGCAGAAACAA